AUGAAAUUCCAGAGCACCCCCGAACUCCUCCCCACCAUCACUCACUACAUCGUCAAAACCGAUUCAAAUGGAAUCCUAGAAAUCGACAAUUUACAUCUCCUAUCGUGGAUUCUCAAAGGUGUCAUAAUAGUAAAGGAAUCCUGGAUGAUAGCAUGUUUGAAAAAGAAGAAACUCAUCGAGAAAGACUCGGAAUAUCUGGUGGAGAAGGUCAGGUACAAGGGUACUGUAUACGAGACAGUAACACGGUGGUCGAAGGCUAUGGCUAAAGGAGAAAUGCCCUAUUUGUAUGGAGUUUAUGCAGCGGUUGUGAUGAAGGAAUAUUCGGAGUUCAUGACCCUAAAAUCGAUAAUCACUUCUCUUGGAGGUAUCAUGCUGGAACAGUUUCCUGAAAAACAAUUUUUCAACGUUGGAUCCCACCCUUAUCUUCAUGCAAAUCGUGGACCACUCUUCAUUUUUCAUGAUGGACAGCAAACCACUCUUGACAUCUAUAAGAACGAUCCGGAUAAGAUGUACACAUUGUUCACGGAAGAGGAAUUUGUGCACUUUUUGUUGAAGCGAGAGGUUACGGUGGACACAAGAGCAAAACCAGUUCCAGUGUUGACUGAACCGAAUGAGUAG